CACUAACAAUACCAGAACAGGUUUGGCGGCCAAAUUGGCCUCACUAGCAUUUCCACCUGCUUGCUGUUUCUUUAGUCCCCACCGAUCGGAACGAAGACAAAGGUCCGACUAUUCUGGGAUGGCGGCGACCACUACCCAGUCCAUGGGGAGUCUGCCAAGUGGACUAGCAAUAUGCGUGACCGUGCCGGAUUUGUUCUACCUGCCCGAACUGGUGACGGGUGGGCUGGUGUGGAUCCUGGUGGCCUCCACCCAUGUGGAGCCCCCCAACCCUCUGGGCUGGGUGAUGUUCGUGUCUGUCUUCUGCUUCGUCAUGACGCUCCUUUGGGUGAUCAUCUUCAUCGCCGGGUGUCACAAGAACAGCUCAGCGUGGGUCGCCGCUGAUUUUGCCUAUCACUCUUUGGCUGCGUUGUUCUACCUCAGCGCUGGGGUCAAUUUAGCCUACAUCACCUUCGUUAUGAAAUUUGGAGAGGUCGGAAUCUACCGGAUUGACAUUGCUGCUGUGGUGUUUGCCUUCAUGGCCACGCUGCUCUACUUCAUUCACGCCGUCCUGUCGUCCCUACGAUGGAAACACUUCUAAAAAGACAAUUUGAUUGUUGAGCAACAUUUCAAAACCUUUAGCAUUAGCAUUUCCACAUUAACCUGCACUAGCUUUAGGCGUUUAUUGCUUUUCGACUACUUUUAUACUUCCAAAAAAUAAAUCAUGUUGGUCUGA